UUAGAUGAAACUGUCAAAAGAGCCCCAUUCCCUAUUCACAGGCACACAGCCAUCAUCUCUCACCCUUGCAUCAUAAAUCCCAGUGUUGUUUUCUACCCCUUUUGGAAGGACACAAAACACUUUUCUUUUUCUCGGGCACGGAUAGCCCUUUAAACUUUCACAUCUGAUUUUAAUUCUUAUACUUUUUUUUUCUUCAUUUUCUCUGUUUCUCGCUUAAAUCAAUUGUUUGCCGACAAAUAAGAGAAAAGGAUCUCCAAUUAUAUCAAAUUAACAAAUUGUUUUAAUCCUUAAAGGGUUUUAUUCCUUGUGAUUCAUUACAGACAUUACUAUUUACCGUGUUGCCGUUUUUUUACCGUUCCAAUAAUAUAUGGGCUGAGGUGCACAUUUCAUGGGAGGUGAAGAGGAUGAUGAACCAGCCUCAAAACGCAUGAAACUAUCCUCUAAAGAAUUGAGACAUCUUUCAAACGGUUCAACUAUUAAAGAGCCUGUAGCUGGGUCUUCAGGAGACUUGAUGGCUCGGCCCCUGCAGUCUGAAGGGGGUGAAGAAGUUGUUGGCUCAAAAGGAGUUAUAAAGAAGGUAGAAUUUGUCCGAAUAAUAGCAAAAGCAUUAUACUCUCUUGGUUAUAUAAAGAGUGGUGCUCGUCUAGAGGAAGAGUCAGGGAUACCAUUACAUUCUUCUGUGGUCAACAUAUUUAUGCGGCAAAUUCUUGAGGGAAAUUGGGAUGAAAGUGUUGUCACAUUGCAUAAUAUUGGUCUAACAGAUGAAAGGACCAUAAAAUCAGCCUCUUUUCUGAUAUUGGAACAGAAGUUUUUUGAACUUUUAGAUGAAGAAAAUGUCAUGGAUGCUCUGAAGACAUUGAGGACUGAGAUUGCACCUCUUUGUAUAAAUAAUAGCAGAGUUCGUGAGCUUUCUUCAUUCAUUGUGUCUCCCUCUCACUGUUUUUCUGUUCGGUCUUGUAAACAAGAUACAUUGAGGGCUCGAUCUCGGACUAAAUUAUUGGAAGAAUUACAGAAGCUACUUCCUCCAACAGUUAUGAUCCCCGAAAGAAGGUUGGAGCAUUUAGUUGAACAGGCCCUUGUCUUGCAACGAGACUCUUGCAUGUUUCACAACUCUUUGGAUAAGGAAAUGUCACUAUAUGCUGAUCAUCAGUGUGGGAGAGAUCAAAUUCCUUCUCAAACAUUGCAGAUACUACAGGCUCACACUGAUGAAGUAUGGUUCUUGCAAUUUUCACAUAAUGGGAAAUACUUAGCUUCAUCAUCAAAUGAUAAGUCAGCAAUCAUUUGGGAGGUUGAUGCAAAUGGAGUAUCUUUUAAACGUAAACUCUCCGGUCACCAGAAACCUAUCUCUUCUGUAUCAUGGAGUCCAGAUGACCAUGAGCUUCUCACAUGUGGUGUAGAGGAGGUUGUAAGGCGCUGGGAUGUCCCUUCUGGUGAAUGCCUCCAUGUUUAUGAAAAAGCUGGUCUUGGCAUGGUUUCAUGUGGAUGGUCUCCAGAUGGCAAAUGGAUAUUUUCUGGUGUGAAUGAUAAGAGUAUCUGCAUGUGGGAAUUGGAUGGAAAAGAGCUAGAGUGCUGGAAAGGGCCACGAACUCUAAAAAUUUCUGAUUUGGAAAUAACAAAUGAUGGAAAGCAGAUUAUAAGUAUAUGUAGGGAAAGAGCUAUAUUAUUACUUGACAGGGAAGCAAAAGUUGAGAGAUUUAUUGAAGAGGAUCAAACAAUAACUUCGUUCUCAUUAUCAAGAGACAAUAGAUUCUUGCUGGUAAAUCUUUUAAACCAAGAAAUCCAUUUAUGGAAUAUUGAAGGUGAUGUGAAGCUUGUUUCUAAAUAUAGAGGCCAUAAACGCACCCGCUUCAUCAUUAGGUCUUGUUUUGGAGGACUUGAGCAAGCUUUUAUUGCCAGCGGUAGUGAGGAUUCACUGGUCUAUAUAUGGCAUAGGGGCAGAGGGGAGCUUAUAGAAGCAUUACCAGGUCAUUCUGGAGCUGUUAGUUGUGUGAGCUGGAAUCCAGCAAACCCUCACAUGUUGGCAUCAGCUAGUGAUGAUCGUACAAUUCGGAUAUGGGGCUUGAAAAAUCUAAGCGCAAAGCGGAAAGACACCCACAGCAACGGCAUCCAUUAUUGCAAUGGAGCAACCUGAGAGAUUGAAUGCAUGAAAUCUUCAGUCAUUGAUAUCUGAUAAAAUUGGUUUCAUGUAAAUACUUUACCUUGUUGAAAACUGACAUUCAUAUCAAAAAAAGAUUAUCAACAAUGCAGCAACUUUCUGAUAAUAAAUUUGCUAUUUCUCCUUUUUAACAUUCAAUUAAUUUGUGAAAAUUUAGAGCUUGCUUGCUCACAAGCACCUGUCUGCAUAUGUUUUCUGGUGUUGACUUGCAUUCGUAUGCAUUUAUAUUAUGGU